AUGGCGUCGGCGGCACAAAAUAUUCUCUGGAGUUUAAGCAAGCCUUUGCAGCUCUGCUGGCAAUGUGGGUCCCAGCUCAGGAUUGCUACCAAAGGACUGAACUUCCCAAAAGUUCUGCCAAAACUUGGACUGGAUGGUUUAUUUUCACGGGCCAUUAGCUCCGAACCACAACCACCUCCGCUAAAACCGCUGCCAAUGCCGACUGCACCGUUCCGAACGGGACGCCAAAAGCUUGUAAUUCUGGGAACGGGUUGGAGUAGCUACAGUCUGCUCCGUAAUGUGGACAAAUCGCUGUACGACGUGUACGUGGUCAGUCCGCGGAACCAUUUCCUAUUCACACCACUUCUGGCCAGUACCACGGUCGGAACGCUUGAAUUCAGAUCUAUCGUGGAGCCGAUACGUAACAUGGGCUUCCGACGGGCCGAUCACUUCCAUCUCUCCAAGGCGAUAUCCUUGGAUCUAAAAGACAAAAGCCUUGAGUGUGAGAGCGUUCUUCGUCCGGGGCACAAGUACAAAAUGGGCUACGAUAAGCUUGUGAUAGGAGUCGGCGCCCUAAGUAACACCUUCAACGUUCCAGGCGUCAAGGAACACGCCUUCUUUCUCAAGGAAGUGAGUCAUGCAAGGAAAAUCCGAAACAGAAUUUUGGGGAACUUGGAACUGGCUAUACAGCCUGGUAUAUCCGACGACGAAUCAGAUCGCUUGUUACAUACGGUGAUAGUGGGAGGAGGACCCGCAGGGGUGGAGUUUGGGGCGGAACUUUAUGACUUCGUUGAACAGGAUUGUUCACGACUUUACAAACAGAAGGAUGUCCGAGUCACUUUGAUUGAGUCCAAUCAGAUUUUAAGCUCGUUCGACGUUCGCCUGAGGAAUUACGCUGAGAAAAAGAUAAAACAACGUGAAAGGUGAAAGGCCGACGGAGUCACGCUAGCGGACGGGAGCUUCCUGCCCUGUGGCCUUGUGGUUUGGAGCACUGGACUCGCCCCCAGACAGUUCAUCAAGUCAAUGACUACCCCCAAAAACCAAGUAGGACAGAUUUUGACGGACAGUUGUCUGAGACUGAUAGGAGAUGAUAGCGGAAGUGUCUAUGCGUUCGGCGACUGCGCAGACAUAAAGGAAUACACUUUACCUUGUACUGCGCAGGUCGCGGAGAGACAGGGCCGGUACCUGGCUAAGGUGUUGAACGAGAAUGAUCCCCAAUCCGCGUUACCGUUUGAGUUUGAGAGUGCCGGAGCCCUGGCGUAUAUAGGGAGGAAUGACGGGCUGUCUGACCUUCACAUCAAACUGAGGGGUUUCCCGUCAUGGAUCAUCUGGCGAUCAGCCUACCUGACCCGACUGGGCAGCUGGAGACUACGUAUGCAGGUGCCAAUGGACUGGCUUAAGAGUUUCAUGUAUGGUAGAGACACGUCCAAAUUCGAAUAG